AUGUUAGCCACAGUCACUGCAUCGCUUGGAGCCCUUCAAGCACUGGAUUGUGAUACUAGUUCAUGGGAUCCGUUCUUAGUAUACUAUCUGACACGUCUACUGGAUGUGGACACUCGUGAGGAGUGGGAGGUGAAAUUAGGACCAUCCAUGUCAUACCCGACGUUCAAGGAAUUUGAGGAAUUCUUGAUCGGCCAUACGAGAGCGUGGGAAAGUUUGGCUCCCACAUCAGUUAAACCGAGUAAAGAAAGGAGUCGGUUGUCUUGGCCGUUAAGUAAGCCCAAAGUCAAGUCUCGGAGUCUCGUCGCGUCAUCCUCCUCGAAUACAGAUUCAGGUUCAGAGUUGUCAUUCGUGACUGAGGAGGUGUUAAAUUUAUUAGGAUUGCCUCGUAUGCAUGCGGAGAUUCCGUUAACCGGCAUCGGCGAAACACAUUCAGGACGUACUAAAGGUUCGGCUUAUCUUACCCUUCAUCCUAUAACCGAUAAUUCAGUCUCUUACAAAUUGCACGCAUUUGUUCUCCCGAGAUUAACAUCUCAAUUGCCAUCUUUUGAGGUAGCGCAAGAGGCAUGGACUCAUUUUAGACAUUUGGAACUAGCGGAUCCUAAUUUCGGAAAGCCUGGUCCAAUUCAUGUAAUUAUCGGCGCGGACGCGUACGGCCAAGUCAUUAAACCCGGAUUAUUACAAGAUGAUUCAUCAUCACUUAUCGCACAGUCGACCUUAUUCGGUUGGGUAGUAUCCGGACCCGUCGCGUCUGAUACUCACAAUCGGGAUGAAAGGAUUUAUCAUUGCAUGAUUGAUCGCGAUUUACAAGAUCUUUUAACGCAUUUUUGGAAACAAGAAGAAAUUUCGAAAUCUGACGCGAAUAUCUUGAACCCUGACGAGGCGCAUUGUGAGGAAUAUUUCCUAGCUACUUUCUCUCGUGAUAGCAAUGGUCGAUAUAUGGUUCGACUUCCAUUGAAAUCGUCAGCCGCGCUAUUAGGAGAUUCGGAGUUGAUAGCGCUUCGUUGUCUGUCGCGACUUAGUCGGAAGUUCGAACAAGAACCUUCUUAUUGUCAAUUAUAUACGAAUUUUCUAUUGGAAUACCAGUCAUUAGGACACAUGACACCGAUAGCGGAAUCUAAAAUACCUGAUUCACCCGUAUUUUAUUUACCACACCAUGGUGUAUGGCGCGAAACCAGUCAGUCAACUAAAAUACGUGUAGUUUUUAAUGGGUCGAGUCCCUCCUGCAGUGGAAUAGCACUUAACGAUAUUUUGCAUGCAGGCGCCAAACUGCAAACCAAUCUCUUUGAUGUCCUGUUAUGGUUUCGAUCCCAUAGAUACGUUUUCUCAACGGACAUUACGAAAAGUUACCGACAAAUCUUAGUUCAUCCGAGUGAUCGUGAUUUGCAACGUAUUUUUUGGUAUAACUCUCGCGGUCAAGUGAAACCAUACCAGCUCACCACGGUAACAUACGGUUUAAAUUGUGCUCCGUUCUUAGCGCUUCGCGUGUUACAACAACUCAUUGCAGACGAAGGUCCUCGGUUUCCCAAGGCUAUACCUGCACUAACCCAAGGAAGAUAUGUGGACGAUAUCUUCGGGGGAUCGACCUUCAAACAACAAUUACAAACGCUUAGUACCUUAGAAAUCCUUCGAUGGCUCAAUACCACGUCUAACGCCUUUUCUGUACAGUUGCACGGAUUCUCCGACGCGUCACAGCUCGCAAUGGCGGCGGUAGUGUAUCUCAGAGUAGAAACUUCGGGUGCGGAAACUCAGCUCAAUAUUGUUUGCGCUAAGACUAAGGUGGCGCCGCUAAAGAAGCUAACAAUACCUAGACUCGAACUAAAUGCCGCAUUGAUGCUUUCUCGUCUCAUAGUCUCAGUCCGAGAUGCAUUAGCUUUGGAAAAUAAUUCAAUCUUCCUUUGGACGGAUUCUUCCGUCGUCCUCUCUUGGGUCUCAUCUCACCCUGCGCGCUGGAAGGAUUAUGUUCGUAAUCGAGUAACGAUUAUACAGGAAAUAUUGCCCUCAGCAAUAUGGCAUUUAGUCCCAGGCAAGGAAAAUCCCGCCGAUUGUGCAUCUAGAGAUUUAAGCGCUCACGACCUUAUACAGCAUUCGUUAUGGUGGUCAGGGCCUACGUGGUUGUCUCAGGCGUCAGUCGAUUGGCCAAACAUGAAUACUAUUUCCACCGCCAGCGUGAACCUAGAGGAAAAGUCAAAUCAGAUACUUACCUCACGUCGCGAUAGCCAAUUUUAUCCUUGGGAACUUCUUGAACGUUACUCGUCUCUAACAAGACUUUUAAGAAUAACGGCUAUUUGCAGGCGCGCGGUUUGCCGCUUUCGGCAACAAACGUCAAUGUCUCUAUUAGAACCUCUUCUCCCCGCAGAGCUCUCGCAGAGUCGUCAAUUUUGGAUCGGUCAAGUGCAACAGAGUCAUUUUUCCUGUGACCUCACGAUACUGUCCAGAGGAGGAACUCUGUCUAAAUCGAGUCCUUUACUCCGGCUUACGCCGUUCGUUGAUGAGGGCGGUCUACUUCGAGUGGGCGGUCGGUUACGGUAUGCGCCUGUGGAAACGGACGUUAAGCAUUCAUUCAUUUUGCCCAAGUACUCGCAUCUCACUACUCUAGUGAUCGCUGAUGCUCAUGAACGAACAUUACAUGGGGGAACUCAGGUUACGUUAGCGUACACCCGCCAACAGUACUGGAUUUUAGGCGGACGUAUUCCAGUCCGGGCAUUUAUUCUUAGAUGCAUGAAAUGCGCCCGAUACCGUAAAAAUCGCGCUCAACAGUUGAUGGAUCAACUGCCAAUAACGAGGGUAACACCCUCUCGUCCGUUCUUACAUACCGGAGUCAAUUACGCGGGUCCGAUGAAGAUAAAGACUUGGCAAGGGCCCAAGAUGUACAAGGACUACUUAGCCAUUUUCGUCUGCUUCUCUACCUCCGCCGUUCACAUCGAAGUUGUGACGGAUUACUCCACUGAUGCCUUCAUAUCGGUCUAUAAACGGUUUACGGCACGUCGUGGCAUUUGUGCUACUUUAAACAUUGACUGUGGCACUAAUUUUGUCGGCGCUGAUAGAGAACUGAAACGAUUAUUUAAUUCGGCUUCUAAAGAAUCGAAGGAACUGGCAUCCAUCCUUGCCAAUGAGGGCACAGAAUGGCGCUUCAUCCCACCCGCCGCACCUCAUUUUGGAGGAAAAUGGGAGGCCGCCGUCAAAUCGGCCAAGCACCAUCUUCGACGAGUCAUUGGCGAUUCAACGCUUACUUACGAAGAGCUCUCAACUCUUGUCAUUCAAAUCGAGACAGUACUGAAUUCAAGGCCUCUUUGUCCUCUAACAGAGGACGCUGACGACUAUUCAGUACUAACCCCUGGUCAUUUUCUUCUAGGAGAGGCUCCUACUGUAAUACCAGAACCGAACCUUAUAGACGAGACAAGCUCCCGCCUAAAUCGCUGGCAACUCAUUCGGCAGAAGGUGGAGCACUUUUGGAAGCGGUGGAAAGCUGAAUGUUUGCAACGCUAUCAUGCCAUUUCUAAGUGGCAUCAUCCUUCAACUCAGCUAAAGGAAGGGUCUCUAGUGCUGGUCCUCGAUGAGCGUUACCCUCCAGCCAAAUGGCCAUUGGCUCGGGUUAUUAAAUUGCAUCCUGGUAAUGACAAUCUGACGAGAGUAGUCACCGUGAAAACGGCCUCUACUACUUUCAAGCGACCUGUCACGAAGAUCUGUAUCCUGCCCUAUAGUCAGUGUUACCAACUCGAAAUUUUCAAAUCCGUCAUAUGCCUCUCGGAAAUACUCCAGAAAUAA